AUGAAAGUUUUAAGCCCUGUUGUGACAGUGGAAGACACUCCCCUGGAAGAAGUGGACUCCUUUAUCUACCAUGGAAGUGUCAUCGAUGGUAAAGGUGGAACCGAGGCAGAUAUUAAAGCACGAACCGCCAAGGCAAGAGACUGGUCAACAACUGGUGCGGAGCUCGUCUUUAGCUUCUGUAACAUCUUAAACAAGAUGGCGACAAGCACGGCUCCUUGUAAAGUUGGCGAUCCCGUCAGCGAGAUAGAGACUCCUGCUGCCGUGCUGUGUCUCGACAGCUUGGAGUCAAACCUUCGAACUCUCCCUGAGUUGAUGAAACCUUUUCCGAACGUUGCCAUACGACCGCACAUUAAAAACCACAAGUGCCCAGUGAUUGCCUUGAGGCAGAUCAAGGCAGGGGCAGUCGGGGUAUGUUGUCAGACUGUAGGAGAGGCCGAGGAGAUGGCGCGAGCUGGCAUAGAAGACAUCUUGAUCUGCAAUCAGAUAAUCAGCCGCAAAAAACAGCUCCGUCUGGCGGCCUUGGCAAGACAAGCUAUAAAGAUCUCUGUGUGUGUCGACAGUCGGGGGAACGUGGAAGAUUUGAGUCAAGUUGCUGGGGACUUCGGGGUAACCUUUGACCUGGUGGUGGAUGUCAACAUAGGUUACGACAGGUGUGGUGUGGAGCCUGGAAAGGCAGUUGCAGAUCUAGCUGAGCUAAUCCAGUCUUUGCUGCACGUGAAAUUCAAAGGAAUACAAUGUUACAAUGGUGAUUCCCUCCACGUCGUCAAUGCCACAGAGAGAAAGGUGUCUUCUUCUGCUGGGAUAGAAAAAGCUAAAAUAGCUGUGCAGGUGGUCCAGAUGUCGACGGGAGAUGAAGGCGACCGUGCUGUCCUAGACGCCGGACAUAAGGCGUUGGGUAUGUUCCGAGGAUGUCCUAUGCUGAAAGACUUCAAAGAGCUGAAAUAUGUGAAAGCCAGUGCAGAGCAUGGGAUCGUGAGGCCUUGUGGAGAUCUCAAGAUCGGAGACAAGGUGUGGCUCAUCCCAGGUCAGUGUGACGCGUGUAGCCACCUACAUAAGUGGCUGGUGGGUGUCCGUGCCGGGGUCGUGGAGAGCUUGUGGCCCGUGGUUGCCAGGGGACCGGCUGUUUAG